AUCUUCCAAUAGUACUAUAAUGUUGGCUUCAUGACUGACCAAUAUCUUAAUUUUGCAGCUAUAUCUACUCACAGGACCUGAGGCCUAAUCAGCAACUUAGAGGGAAUCAACCAGCUUUGAAAUGACAAUAUUUUAAAAAGACAGUUCUAACCUUGUCUAUUUUCUUAUAAAUGGUAGCAUGACAGUGCCGCUUUCCUAUUACCAUUCCACAUUCAUAGCAAUUUGAAUUUGCACAACUCCGGAGAGAGAAGUAGAGAGAAAGGGAUACCAUUAUGUUAGGUGUUUUUAGCAGCGAAAUUGUAACGCCUCCAGAGGAGCUGGUGGCUGCAGGAAACUGGAGUCCAUCCCCCAGAACCACCUCUUUGGCUUUGAUGAAACGCUACAUCAAGUCUAACCUUUCCUCAGUUUCCAUACAAAUUGGUGAACAAGUUAACUUGGCUUACUCUCACCAGAAUGAGUCUCUUCUACGACCAAGAUCAUUAGGGGUCAAAGAUGAUAUAUUCUGCUUGUUUGAAGGCAUGCUCGAUAACUUAGGUAGCCUAAGAGUAGAAUAUGGUCUAGCCAAGUCCGUGGAUGAGGUGAUGCUGGUGAUUGAAGCUUACAAAGCGUUGCGUGACCGAGCCCCUUAUCCUCCGAGCCAUGUGGUUGGUCACCUUGCUGGCAAUUUUGCGUUUGUAGUAUUUGACAAGUCUACAUCCGCAUUGUUCGUGGCUACUGAUCAGUUUGGCAGUGUUCCUUUAUACUGGGGGAUUACUGCUGAUGGAUUUGUGUCAUUUUCGGAUGAUGCAGAGAUGCUUAAAGGUGCAUGUGGCAAGUCACUUGCUUCUUUCCCUCCGGGAUGCUUCUUCUCAACUGUAGUAGGCGAGUUACGAAGCUAUGAAAAUCCCAAGAACAAGAUCACUGCCGUUCCUGCAGCAGAUGAAGAGAUAUGGGGUGCAACAUUCAAGGUGGAAGGACCAGCGGUUCUUGCAGCCAGAGAGUAAAUCAAGAAGGACCGCCGUUGAUGUGAUGAUAACGAAAGAGAUGGCAGGGGAAAGCCAGGGUGUGCCAGGGACGUCAACCAUGUUAAAUUGCUAAUUUCAGUAUCGUCUUAAAGACUAGUAAAUGUCAUGUAAAUGGUUUGAGUGUGCUCUCCAUCAACUAAAUAACAACCGCAUAAUAAAGUUUGUCAUGAUUUGCGCAUCCAUGAAAUGCCCACAACUACUUUCUUCUCUUUUGGAAGAAGAAAAAAUUACCAUCUUUUUUCUUUUAUCAAGAAAACGUUGAGACAAAUUCGAACAUUGAGGCAUUCGUUUAUAUUUGGUUGUCAUUGGUAAAAUGCUUCAGCCAGCUAUAUGGGG